GAUGUUACCAGCUGACAACUUCUCUGGCACUCAGGACUGGAGCUUGGUCCCAAGCCACAAAACGCCAGGGUGGAGUGGUUCAUUUGCUUAAAAUCCAUCCAAGGCACUACAGUAUGAAUUCUACAGGCUAUUUGCUGCUGGAUCUCUGGCUGCAGUUGGUACAUGCUGAUGAUCAAGUCACUGGAGACCUUUCCUCUUAAAAAAAGAUAAUGUUUGUCCGAGGUGUCUCCCUAGUCUUUCCUGUCUGGAUUGCCUUCUUGUUCCAAGAGACCCUCUGCCUUUGUGAUCGCCCCAGCUGGGUUAGAGUUGGAUGGGAAAUUCUUCCAGAGGAUCUGGAGCAACUGCAACUUGGAACUGCACUUCAAUCUAACUGCCUGCCCUACCCUCUGGACCAACUGUCUCACUGCUUUACUUACCUGGAAAUAGCCAAAGGAUGGUUGGAGGUUUUGUAUACCAGCUGCAAAAUUAUACUUUUCCUCCUAGGGGGCUUAUGUGUAUGCGGUCUUUGGAGCAAAUUGAGAAGACCGCAGAAGAAGGUGUCCGUGAAGACCUCUUCUGUUUCUGUCACGACAGAAUUUCAUGCUGAGUGCACCUGCAACGUGGACAAAAUGCUCUGCAGGCUGGUGGCAAACACGUCUAUCAUGAUGAAAUGCCUGAAGUAUGUAUGCCACCAUCAUAGGAAAGAAGCCAGGCACCGGAAGUUAAGUAAGAAGAGGAAGGAAGAAGAAAUUAAGGAUGAGGAGAUCUUCCCUAUUUGUCUGUACAGCCACUACUCCAGCACGGAUACCGUGAUGCAGGAAGUAUAAGGGAAAGGCCUCCUUCUUGGACAACAAUCAUAUUUUUGUGCUCUGAUAAUUGUUUUUCCAUAUUCUUUGCUAAGAUGUUGCGAAGGCAGGAGAGUGGGGAGGUCAAGGACAGAGCCAAUCCGAAGUCAAUGUCUGUUUGUUUGAACGUUUAUCUAAUGAUGACAGUUUGAGAAUUGAAUGUUGUCAAUGUUCCUGUGGACAAGGUGGGGAAGGAGGAGGGGAGAAAGAGGGACUAUUAAAAAAAAAUCUUUCAGAA